AGACAUCGGCUCCGACAAGCCUGUAACAAAGACCAGCAGGAGGAACAAACGCCAUUGGGACGCAUAGACUGUCUUCACACAGCUACAGGUGCACCAGUGACACAGUCAGCCUGGUUGUAGAGGAACAGAAGAAGAGAAGAGAAACCACUAGCCAUGGGGCCCAGAGCUUGGUGCCUGUUUGUCCUGCUUGGGCUGUCCGUCUGGGGCAGCAGUGAGGGCCUCAGAUCCCCCAUCCUGACCCGGAGACGGAGGUACCUGGAGGACAAAGGAGAACCACCCAAAAAGUGCUCGUAUACCUUCCUGGUCCCUGAGCAGAAGAUCACAGGGCCAAUCUGCACCAGCCGGGGCCUACACACGGACAAGGACCGCGUGACCCGCAUGGACGUAGCGGCGGUGAGGGACCUGCUCUCCAAACAGAAACGGGAGAUGGAUACCCUGAAGCUGGUGGUGAACAUUGAUGGGAACAUGGUGAACGAGAUGAAGUUGCUGAGGAAGGAGAGCAGGAACAUGAACUCCAGGGUGACCCAGCUCUACAUGCAGCUGCUGCACGAGAUCAUCAGAAAGAGAGAUAACUCUCUGGAGCUGGCUCAGCUGGAGGGACGCAUUCUGAACGCCACAGCAGAGUCCCUACGUCUGGCCGCCCGCUAUCGUGACCUAGAGGUCCGAUACGCUGCGCUCUCCGCCAUGGUCAACAGCCAGUCAGUUCUGGUUGGUGCCCUGGAAGAGCGCUGUCUGCAGGUGUACGGCCGGCGGCAGGAGCAGUCUCCCCAGGGCCCACCACUGGUGCAGGUGGUGCCAGAGAACAUACCGGUUAGCAUCCCGAGAUUUACCAACGAGAUCCAGAGGGACCAUGGCCGGGCAUUUCCCAGAGACAGGGGCUCCCAAGCAGGGCCAGCACCCACAGGAAGCACCCUGGAGCUCCAGAAGGCUCCGCAGGGCAACUUCAGUGCAGAGGGUCCUUUCAGUGACUGUCUCCAGGCCCAGGAGGCUGGCCAUGGCACCAGCGGUAUGUACCUGCUGAAACCUGGUGAAGCGGAGAGGCCCAUGCAGGUGUGGUGUGAGCAGGGCCUGGACAACGGAGGCUGGACCGUCAUCCAGAGCAGGAGGGACGGCUCUGUCAACUUUUUCAGGAACUGGGACGCCUACAAGGUGAUGAUGAAAAAGACAAACGACACCGAAAUCUAAUAAGCCAGAGACAACAACGGCGCCGUUAUAUGACCUAUCCAAAGAAACUUGUCUGGUCUGGUGUCUCAGGAUCCUUUCCAAGGCCUGGACCCCUUGUGUUUUCACUUAUAAUAUAAAUUAUUCUGUGUGUGUCAGUGUAUUAUUGCUGAAGUGAUUUAGUUUGAGAUUUCCAUUAUGAAUGAAGUGAAGACCCAACAAGAAGGUAUAUUCCACCGCUCAAUCUCCAAAGUUUACUUCCAAACUACCACAGCUCUGCUAAGUACAUCUUCUUUAAUUACAGUGCACUAAUUCAAUCUGAAGUGAACUCUCUAAUUAUUGUUUGUCUUAUAUAUUAUCAUGGCCAAAGAGAUUAAAGCUGUUCACCUGAACAGACCAAAAAGUGAUGUAGAUGCAUUUGUCUUCCAAAGGUACUUCCUGACAAAAAUUGAUUUAUAGUAUUCCUUUUUUUAACGUUCCUCUUUUUAAACCACUCAGACUAUACAAAACCAACAACUAACUUUUAAUUGAUCUUUCUUAGAAUGGAUUUGGCAACAUAGAUGGGGAGUACUGGCUGGGGCUGCUGGGGAUCUACAAUUUAGGGAAGCAGGGAGACUACAGACUUCGAGUGGAGCUGGAGGACUGGGUGGGGAAGAAGGUGUAUGCUGAUUACAGCAGCUUCCACCUGGAGCAUGAGAACGAGGGCUACCGCCUGAGGUUGGGCAACUACCAGGGAAACGCUGGCGACUCACUCAGCAGCCACAACGGCAAGCAGUUCACCACACUGGACAGAGACAAGGAUGCCUUCUCAGGUAACUGUGCACACUUCCUUAAGGGAGGCUGGUGGUACAACUCCUGUGGCCAGGCCAAUCUGAACGGUGUUUGGUACACUGGCGGGGUCUACCGCAGCAAGUUCCAGGACGGAAUGUUCUGGGCAGACUACGGCGGAGGAUUCUACUCUAUGAAGGGAGUCCGCAUGAUGAUUAGACCUAUAGACUGAGACUACAGAGGGAGAGACAUGACCAUCCUAUCCCUCAACCAACACAUGUACAGUAUUGCCUAUCUCAGACCUACUCACUCACAGAGAUUGAGUACAAACAUUGUCUGACCUCAUUGUGGGAUGGUAAAGUAUUGUGAGGUGGUAAGGUAUUUUACAUGUGAAGCUAAUUUGCAGGCAGACGAAAGGUUUUUUCUGUAGGCCUCGAGACCCUCAGCACUUCCUGUAGAGACUACUAAUGUCUGGGCUUCACUGGCAGCACUAGACUUAGAGCAAGGAGUGCCAGACCUAUCGGUUACCAUGGAGAGCAAAACAACUGACCAUAUGGUAUGGAAUUGAUAUCUGUGUAUGUUACUAGAGGUAAAAGCUUGCCUAUUUUAGAGGUGUGUAAAUAUAUUAAUAACAUCUUAUAUAAGCAUUCAAUCUACUUUGUUUCAACUUCUCCAUCUUGAGAUGCUUUAUGAUUUGCAUCCCUCAAGAUAUUUUUUCAUGUAUUUGAAAUAAACCAGGGAGAAGCUGUAAAUUAUCCUAUAGAAAACAUUGGGUUUUCUAUUCACUGUCUAUAUUUGUGGAUCAUGCACCAUUUAUUGUGCUUUCACAGCUGAUUUAUGUACUGUAGCCUGUAUGAAUGUUUUUCUCAUUUUGCAGUUGAUUAAAUCUCAAUACGAGCCAGAGACAAAACAAGAAAAAAAAGGAAAGGAA